UUGAUAAAAUCAUAUAAGAAUGUAGCUAAUAAGAGUAAAUGUCAGGAUGAUAUUUACGUCCCUUGUCGAGAACUUGCUUUGAAAUUUAGACGAGGGGAUAUUUUACAUGUGAUAAAUAUGACAGAUGAAAAUUGGUGGCAAGCUUACCGAGAAGGAGGUGAUCCCUGUAGUUCACUUGCUGGAUUAAUCCCUUCCAUUUCAUUUCAACGACAAAUUGCUUUGUAUGUGCGAGAAAUGGAUCAAGAAAAUCAAGCAGAUAAUAAGAGGGAUUUCUUUGGUUGUGCAAGGAAAAAACCUUCAAUAAAGAAAAAACAGAAAAAAAAAUUGAAGGGAUUAAAGUCAGUAGAUGAAGAGACUACUGAAGAUAAUGAUACAGAUAUUUUGACUUAUGAAGAGGUUACGUUGUAUUUAUCAGAAACUGGGCGCAAACGUCCAUUGGUUCUUUGUGGUCCAGAAGGUGUAGGUUGCUUGGAACUAAGACAAAGAUUAGCUGAAUCUAAUACCGAUAAAUUUGCCAGUGCUAUACCCCGUUGGUUUCUUUAUUCGUAUAAAUAUUGA